UCGAUCUGUACCCGACACUUGUCAAGCCGGUAUCUACCGUAUCUGUAUCAGCCUCUAGCAGAGAAUACAGGCAGUUCUAGAAUCCAACAGCACGUGUACAGCUGUCACAUUUCAGAAGAGCUAAUUCAAAAUAGUUCCGAAACCGUAGUUCAAAUGUAAGACCUACGGUGUGCUUAGUAAUUGGAUUUGUUGUACAAUUCAAGGUAUGUUUUUGAAGCCAACCUGUAUAUUACAGUAACCAUAUGCUUUGAGGUUGUUCCCUGAAGCAACUAGGAACCUUAUCUUGAGUUCUAAUUUGCUCAAUAUGCAUGUGUACAUGUAAAUGGUAGUACAGCCAAUUAUCUAGACAACAUACUGCUACUUAUAUUCAGUCUUCUUCUAACGUUUGAUGAAGAAUGUCUGUCUUUUCUUUGCCUACAAUUCCAGUUUUAGUUGUCGUCGUGGUAGUUUACAGAAGCAGUCUUGUCGACUGUGGUCAUAUGCAGUUACCAAAUGACAGCUCAGAUAGACCUUUAACGAUCCAAAAGUCAGCAGAUACGAGAGAUCAAAGAAAGAGUGCUGGAGUGAAGGGCCAUCCAAACACAAAAGCAUCAGAUAAGCAAUCAUCAUAUUCGUUUCAGCAACAAGUGAUCAAUUUGAAUGAUUGUAACAAUGAAAGUUAUUACGGCCAUCAUGUUUGUGACAUAAGGAAAUGCGGUAGAAAGUGCUUUCAUGGCUGCUCUCUGUGGUGUCUGGAAAAAAUACAUAGUAACCCAGUUGACAUUCCUUUAGUUUGCUUCACGAGCAGAUGCAACAUUGUGGGAAAAGAAGUCAUCACCGCAUUUUCUAGCCGCAUUGUCUCUGUGGUCGAGACACGGAAUCAUAUUUCUGUUGACGGUUCUAGCUCGUUGUCAUUUAACCUCAGUCUGUUGCGUCAAGCAGGAUUUCAAUUCAAUCGCUUCUCUACUAGAGCCUCUGUAGAAGCAAGCGCUCACACCAAUUGUUUUACGAAAUCGUUACUACACGACGUGGAAUUCAAGGUCAGGUUUGACAAUGUUACCGCUUGGACGCAAUCGUUCAAAGCGGCGAAAAAGCGUCGUCUUAUGUUGGAAGUUCCGUCUACGGUCGGUUAUUUGUCACUCGAAAUCGAGCGGUCAUGUCCGGGAGCUACAUGUUCAAGCUAUGCCUACCAGUGCUUUGUUGUUAAGUGGUUACAACCGAGUCUAAAGAAAAGAUCGUCUCUCGUGUCAUCUUGUUACAAGACAUGCCUUUCUGUGGCGCCACGUGAGCUUUAUCUGCAGUGUUUGUUUCCAGUCUGUCCCGGUCAUUGUACUGAUAGUAACACCGAAAGUUCGUUUGUACUUACACAGAAAUCUAACGUUUGCCCACUCUCUGAUACAAUCGAUGUCUCGCUACAUCGACCCGCAUCGAGAUUGAUUUACUCAGAUACGGACAACGCUGUCACAUUUCGUUUGGAUCCUCUGAGGCGUCGCGGAUAUAGUUUCGACGUUUUUCGCACCGCCGUAGCGGUCGUUUCGAGCACCGACGUCUGCUCAUCGUCGGUAGCUUUCAGUGUGUUGCUGGAUGGUAAAGAAUUCCUCAAGCGGUUUGUCCGAUCAUGUGGUCGAAAUCAGUCAAGCUUCGAAACGGGAACAAAAACAAAAAUUUCAAUAGACGGAGACAUGCUAGUCGUAAUGACCGGAGCGAGCAAACUAACGCUCGUUGCCGAGUCGGCGGGCAGUGCAAGUGUAGUUUGGAUCAAUCCCAAACUGUCGAAGUCUUUACCGCCUCCCGUUUUUACGCCGUGCAAUAGCACGUGUGUUGACAGUCUAGACGAUGCUCGAAUCUAUCUGAGCUGUUUCAUGGGAGCGUGCGACGGGAGCGUGAUUCGUAUCAGUUACGCUCCCUUCUUCACGUUAAAUUAUCAUUAUCACAAGCGAUUUGGAAGUCGUUCCGGUAUCGGAGUCAACAGAGCAGGAGACUGGACAAAAGGACAUCGUCUCAUACAACUGAAAGACCGCCACGGUCACGUGACCACAUUCUCGUUCGGUAUCGGAGCGCAUCCCGACUCGUCUAUCACCUUCGAUAUGGAUGCGCUUCGUAGUCGCGGUUACAGAUUUCAUUUCUUCUACGCAACGUUGGGCAUAAAUUAUGGUUCCGGUUGUAGCCGCAGGCAAACAGCUAGCGUUCUAUUUCGAGUUUACUCAGAUAACGUAGUUGUUUUUGACCGGCUAAUAGACGACUUGACAACAUCUGAGACCAUUUUGUGUGAUGUGCGCAAUACGCGGUAUUUAACACUGAUAACGAGAGUCGGGUUUGCUGGUAGCUGUCAGCAUGCAGUGUGGGCCGGAGCCGAACUAAUAAUGGGAAGAUUUGCAAGUGCGACAGCCAAAGCGGAACAAAGUAAUUGACGACUAUGUAAUCCAGCUAAGUCAACGAUAUGCUGAUAGAGAUGCAUAAGGACGGCGUGAACAAAUGUUUGUAAUCUUUUAAUUAAGUUUCUGACUUCUGUAUGUUUAGUCAAUUUGUGUUUUGCUGCUUUUGAUAAAGUGCAGUUUUGUUUGGUUCUAAGUAAAGUCUGAUGAGCACAAUAAUGUGUAAGUCAGACUCAACUAUUCAUAGAAUUAAAUUAACAAAAAUCAGCAUAAAAACUUGCGUUGAGGAAUCACUCAUCUAUUUAC